AAAAAAAAACAUUAUAAAAUAACUCGCACAAAAUUAAGGAGGCAGCGUGCUAAUUAAAUAAAUUAUGAAAAGCGUGAGUUUUCUUUUUUUUGGUACAACUAAUAAUAAUAAGUGAGAAAAUAUUAUUUAGAGUUUGCUUCACGUUUGAGUUUCAACAAAAAAAGAGUAACAGCGCCAGGAGAAUUUUAUCGGGUCGCAAGUGUUGUUUCAGCUUCGGGGGGAUUUGUCUUCGCGGCGGCUUUGACCUUUCCGUAUACCGCCAAUCAAAUCGCUGGCUUACUGUACACCCUACCUUCUCUGAUCAUUCCACCCUCUCCACUAGAUCCGACCCGAAAUGGAUCCUUCUCCGUAACUUCGUUUGAGAUUCGGCAUUCCUCUGUUCCGUAUAACGUUUAUCCUCUUCCCUUCUCCACCAACUAGCUCGCUCCCUAACUUCUCCAGUUUUUUUUCUUGAGGUUUAUCUGGAAAAGAUGGAAGUUAGCGGGGACCUGAGUUCCGAUAACUUAAAGAACCGCCCCUUGACUCCGCUUAGGAUUCUGAGGGGCCUCGUGAUCUUGCUGGUGUUUCUGUCUACUGCUUUUAUGUUCCUCAUCUACUUUGCACCGAUAUUUGCUCUAGGUCUACGGCUUCUCAGUGUGCACCAGUCCAGGAAAGCUAUUUCGUUCCUCUUUGGUCACUGGUUAGCCCUGUGGCCUUACCUCUUCGAAACGGUCAACGGGACGACCGUCGUGUUCUCUGGAGACAGCAUCCCGGUCGAGAGACGUGUUUUGCUGAUCGCGAACCACAGGACAGAGGUUGAUUGGAUGUACCUGUGGAACAUUGCCCUGAGGAAAGGGUGUCUUGGCUACAUCAAAUACGUGCUCAAGAGCAGCUUGAUGAGGUUGCCUAUUUUCGGCUGGGGGUUUCAUGUUCUUGAGUUUAUCCCAGUGGAGAGGAAGCGGGAGGUCGACGAACCUGUUAUGCUUCAAAUGCUUUCAACUUUCAAGGAUCCUCGGGAACCCUUGUGGCUCGCUCUAUUCCCGGAAGGAACCGAUUUCACUGAAGAGAAAUGCAAGAGGAGCCAAAAGUUUGCAGCUGAAGUUGGUCUUCCGGCAUUAUCAAACGUACUUUUACCAAAAACAAGGGGUUUUGGCGUUUGCUUAGAAGUUCUACAUAACUCUUUGGAUGCAGUAUAUGACUUGACCAUCGCAUAUAAGCCUCGCUGCCCGUCUUUCAUGGACAACGUAUUCGGUACCGAUCCUUCACAAGUUCAUAUCCACGUUCGGCGAGUUCCAGUAAAGGAGAUUCCAGCAAACGAGGCAGAAUCGUCGGCUUGGUUAAUGGAUUCGUUUCAGUUGAAAGACAAACUGUUAUCCGACUUCAGUGCUCAGGGGCAGUUCCCCGAUCAGAGACCAGAAGAACAACUCUCUGUUCUCAAGUGCAUCGCAACUUUCGCAGUGGUAAUAUCUUCGACAGCACUAUUCAUCUAUCUGACCCUGUAUUCACAUUGGUGCUUCAAAGUAUAUGUUGGUCUAAGCUUCACAUAUUUAUCUUUUGCUACUUAUUACAAAUUCCGACCCUCACCAGAUGUUGGCUGUUGUAUAGGAGGGGAUUCUAGUAAAGAAAGCAAAACCCAUUAACUCUGUUGUACAUAACAAUUCUUUCUUUGCAUACAAAUGAAUAAUAUCAAGAGUUUUACAGGCAGAAAAACAUUUCUAGGCUGCCGUUUUCAUUGUUAGUUCUGUGAUCUAGUAGAGUUACUUAUUAUUUGCAUUACAUGUUCUUCUCUUGACUUGUGUCGUAACUGCACUGUGGCUUUGUCAAGCUUUUUGUGUCUUGCUGUUUCACAUCGGUGCAUCAAUUAAGAAUUAAUCAGCAUCACAACUUUGAAAACAU